GGUGCCCUACCCUCCUGUGUACAACAACCUCCAUCUUUGUAGGUGUACACUCACAAUACUUGGAUCGUAUCGAACAACUUGAAACUUUCUUUUGGAGGAAUAGAUAAAUUAAAGGAAACACAUGAAUAUUUUGAGCUCGGAAAUGAAGCAAAGGAGAUUGAAUUUCUUGUUGUAUAUUUUGAUUUGGAAAGUUAGAGAUUAUAUAGGGUAAGGAUGAUUAAUGCAAUAACAAUUUGUCAAUAGUAAUUGAGCUUUGUAACUUAUGUAAAAGAAAUGAAUAUAAUGACAUUGAUUAGGAAAACUCAAAUCCGAAGGUAUGAAAGAAGGAAUGAACCAAUAUAAUUACAGAGUUAACCAAAUGAAUAAUUCAAACUGAUGAAAUCUUGGUAAAAAUCACACUCAGAGAGUGUUAAUGACAGAAAAAAAAAUUUAAUUACUAGUACUAUCUGCAAAAUAGUAGGUAUUUUGAAAUAUUCUCAAAUAUGUUGGAAUUUAUUUAUGUGCUCUAUAAGUACCUCUAUGAUCAACAUCUAUGCCAUCGGGUAUUUACAAAUCCGAAAAGUAGUUUUGAAAGUGAGAAGAUCGAUGAGGAAUUCAGGUGGGUGGAUUCUGGGGACGUUAUUAUUUUUGGGUGGUUUUUUCUUUGUUCAUGCUGCGGCAAGUUCACCGAGAAGUCAUCGACUACUGGCGCAAGAUGCGGUCGAGAUCAAGAUGGUAAAAAAUGGAGUUGUGUUGGAUAAUAAGCUUGUUCAACUAACUUUCUCUAAUCCUGGUGGGGAUGUUAUUGGAAUAAGCUAUGGAGGAAUUGACAACUUACUUGAAAUUAACAACAAGGAAGGUAAUAGAGGGUACUGGGAUGUGGUUUGGAAUGACCCGGGAGAGACGGAAAACACACAAUACAGACUACAAGGAACACAAUUUAAAGUAAUCACGGAGAGGCCAGACCAAGUAGAAGUUUCUUUCAUCACCACAUACAAUGCCAAACUCCAGCGGGGUGUGACAGUUCCGGUGAAUGUUGACAGAAGAUUCAUAAUGCAGCAAGGACGUUCCGGGUUCUAUACCUAUGCCAUCUUCGAGCGCCUUGAAGGGUGGCCAGGAGGGGACAUGGACACAGUUAGAGUGGCUUUCAAGCUUCAGCAAGCCAAGUUUCGAUAUAUGGCGCUCUCGGACACUAGGCAAAGGUUCAUGCCAACAGCCGAUGACCGAGCACGCGGUAGGCCACUUGCAUUCAAAGAAGCUGUUCUACUGAACAAUGAGACGAGCAAUCCUGAAUUUGAAGGGGAGGUGGAUGAUAAGUAUCAGUACUCGGCCGAGGACAAAGAUAUCAAGGUGCAUGGUUGGAUUUCUAUUGAUGACCAAUCACCACCGGUGGGAUUUUGGAUGAUCACACCAAGUGCUGAGUUUCGUAUGGGUGGUCCUUUCAAGCAGGACCUCACCUCUCACGUUGGACCAACUUGCCUAACUGGGUUUGCUUCUCAUCAUUAUGUUGGUAAAGAAGUUGGGCUGAAAUUCCAAGAGGGUGAGGUAUGGAAAAAGGUUUUCGGACCUGUCUUUAUCUAUCUUAACUCGGCAGCACGAAACUCAGCUAAUAAUCCUUCAACGAUCCGUACACUAUGGAACAAUGCCAAAGAUCAAAUGCUUGAAGAAGUCAAAAGUUGGCCGUACAAUUUCAUUAGUUCUCCAGACUUUCCUUCUUCGGAUCAACGUGGAUCAGUUUCGGGCCAGUUACUAGUACAUGAUCGAUACAAUGAAAGUCUUCCAAGGACAAGUUUGGCUUACGUAGGAUUGGCUGCACCCGGAGAAGUUGGAUCAUGGCAAAGGGAAAGCAAGGGAUACCAAUUUUGGACUCAAACCGAUGAAAAAGGCUAUUUCCUCAUUGAAAAUAUUAGACCCGGUAACUAUAAUUUGUAUGCAUCUGUUCCAGGGAUAGUUGGAGAGUACAAAUAUGAGGUUGAAAUUACAAUUGAACCAGGAAGUAAAAUCCAAUUGGCUAGUAUUACUUACAAACCUCCGAGAACCGGUCCUACAUUGUGGGAAAUUGGCAUUCCUGAUCGCACAGCUGCGGAGUUCUACAUUCCGGAUCCAUAUCCAACUCUCAUGAACAAGUUGUACAAGGGGAGUCGGUUGGACAAGUUUAGGCAGUACGGGUUGUGGUCACAUUAUUAUGAUCGUUACCCUAACAAUGACCUCAUCUACCGUGUUGGUGCUAGCAAUUACCGUGAGGAUUGGUUUUAUGCUCAGGUGACUAGAAGUGUAGGAAAUGGCCGGUAUGUAGGAACUACGUGGCAGAUACAGUUUGAACUCAAGAAUGUGGUCAAUCCCGGAAACUAUACACUUCAACUGGCCUUGGCAUCAGCCACUUAUGCAGAAUUGCAAGUUCGGGUUAACAAUUUGAAUGCCAAGCCACCUCUUUUUUCGACUGGGCUAAUAGGCAGCGACAAUGCUAUAGCAAGAGUUGGAAUUCAUGGCUUAUACUGGUUAUGGAGUAUUGAUGUACCAAGCACUCUACUACGCGAAGGAAGCAACACCAUUUAUCUAACUCAGUCCAGAGAUGGCAAUUCACCUUUCCACGGAGUCAUGUAUGAUUAUAUAAGACUAGAAGGACCUUCUGAGAAACCAUAAUUAUA